AGCACGACUAUGUUAGGUACCUAGUCACCAGUUUUAGUAUAGCGGUGAAGUGUGUACAAUAAUUUAAAUAAUUAUAAUUAAUAUUAACAAUUAAAAGUGGUGGUGAUAUUAACAUAGUUGCAAAAUGGAUAUGGAAAGUGAGGAAAUACUUUGGAAGCAAAUUUUUAAUAAAUUACAAACGCAACGGUCGGUUCAUCAGGAGGCCACGGAUCAUGAAUUAACGAUCCAACAAGUGGAUGGAGGGUUUUUCGAAAAGUUCGGUUCUCUGUUUAGAGAACAAGUGGAACUAACAGAAACGAAGGAAAAAUUGGAAAAAGAAAAAUGUGCGAAAUUAGCAGCAGAAGUUAUACCUUCAAAACUUGAUUACGAACAAGAGGAAAAUGAAAUUUUACCGACAGUGGAAAGUGACUCGGAAAACGAAGGAAGUAUGGUUUCUUCAGAUUCUGAUUUGGAGGAAAACAAAGACAAGAAUGAUUUAAUUUUUACAGCCCUAAAUAUCGAAGAACUUUACGCUGAAAUCUUGUACGAAAUCCUUCACAAUGUUGGAUGUGAUGUCAGCUACGAAAUUGGCCAAACCACAUUAUUUUCAUACGCGCAGGACGCGUUUAAAAUAUCCAAUGACAAACACAACCAUUUGUUGGAUAUGGCGGAAAGGAAAGAACCGCCAGAAUUAUUGUUAAACGUAGAAAUAAUCGAGGCAAAGGAUUUAAGAUCCAAGGAUUCCAAUGGGAUGAGCGAUCCUUUCGUUACCUUGUACUUAAAUUCGAAUAAUACGCACAGAUACAACACCUCAGUGAAACAGACUACUUUGAAUCCUACCUGGGAAGAACAUUUCGCCUUACCUAUUGCCGACCAAAACUCUGAAGACAUGUUAAUUCUGGAAGUGUGGGAUUUCGAUCCAGCCGAAACAGUAAAAGAAAAGUUUGGAAAGUUAUUCGAAGUAAAAGGAGUAAAAGGUAUGAGAAAACUUGUAAAAGAAAUCGCUUUAACUGCCACAAAUGGUCAACAUGAAAAUGAACUUAUUGGAAUUGCAAAAAUUCCCUUAAAAACAGUUCCUGCUUCUGGUAUGACAAUGUGGUACAGUUUGGACAAAAAAAAUAAAGUAAGUCGUCAGGGUGUACUUAAAGUUCGAGUUUCGUUUAGUUCCGAAAAGAAUAAUCAAGUAGCGGAGCAAGAACUCAGGCAUAUGCUUCGGAUUAUUUUGCUGCACGAAUUGGAAACAUCAAAGGUGGCUCCUUAUUGGUGGUGCGGCAUGUUUAGUCCACAGGCCAACUGUCUCCUGACCCAACACAUCGCCCAAUCAGGAUUGACACCUACGGAAGUUUCGGUUUGUCAAUACUGCGUUUUUGCCUUAAUUCAUCAAAGUCACGCGCUGAGUUUUGCGUUGUUUUCCAAACUCUUGGCUGGUAUAGUGAAGCCAUUGCAGAACAACCAGAUUUGCGAGGAUGAUGUCAAGUUGUUUUGGAACGCGACAAAGAAAUUGCUUCCGUCUUGUUUCAGUAUUAUCCGUAAAAUUAGAAAGAAGACUUCUAAUGAGAAAGCCACGAUGAAGCAAGUCACGGAAGUACUGAAAAUACUUAACUACAUUUUACAAUUGGAUCUGCCACCUAACACAGAUUUGUUUCCGUUAAACAUAUAUAAGUGGAAAACUUAUACAGGCGAUGGGCCUAAUUGUGAUAUAUUUGGUACCAUCAACGAUGCCGUGGUGCAAGGAGCUAGCGACUGGAUGAAUUACAUAUUAGAAAACAACAAUUCCCGUGACGAAAGCGACGUUGGCCGACUCACGUACUACAUUCAACUAAUCCAACUCAUCAAGACUGAUAUACAAAAGUCCAUCGAGUAUUACGACAAACUGUUCCAAGAAACCGUCAACUUCCAGUACGCGAAAUCACUGUACAUUUUCUACCAGGCGAAAGUGUCCACGUUGUGCGAACCAGAGGUGACGAACAUAUGCAAGAAUCUCAAAAGACUGACAUUCAACGGCAAAACUUCCACGCUAAUGACGACUGAAGAUAGCAAGGAACCUCUAUCAGCCGGCACUAGCCUGUUCGAGCUUUAUUUGGCGGUUCAAAGAUUCGUGGUAUUGGGCACCGGGUUGUGCCCGGCUGACUGUGAUAAUUUCCAUAUUAAAAAUUUCCAUCAGUGGUUCCAUGGAGGGGUGGCUCAAUGGUUGGAUAUUGCCGUUUACAAGGCCCUUCAAAGAAUAGAGAAAGCUGUAGAGUUGGAUAAACUUACGCAAGUGGAUAACACCGUCAAGUACAGUUCUUCUGCAGUUGAUACCCUUUCCAUAUUUUAUCAAGUUAAAGUGUUCUGGCAACAACUGAACUGGCCAGAUGUGGAGAGCUCUUACACUUUUAUUGCAAAAAUUAUAGAUGAUAUUUGUCGUUGUUCGGUAUUUUACGCUGACCAAAUGUCAGCUAAAGUGGAUGGUAUGGGAGAUCAUGAGAAUGUUUACGAAAAAAAGUUCGAAGUUACAAACGAAUGGUGUCUUGCUAUAAACAAUAUAGAUUACGUUCGAGAAACAUUGGAGCCUUUCACUCAGGAUUUAGGAAUGACCGAUAUUAUUGCAAAAAUUACGGACCUUAAGAGCCCAGUUGAUGCACAAAGGUGUCAGCAUACACUGGAUAAUGUAAUUGCUAACGCAAUAGAUACAGUAAGGAAUAAAAUAAUAGAAUUAUUGGAAAUUGUUGUUAACAAGAUGGCACCGUCAAUGAAGAGACUUUUAAUUGAAGGUGCCGAGUUAUGUAAUCAAGACAGUAACAGUAUUGACAGGCUUAUGAUGUAUGUGGACAAUAAUUUAAGUACCUUACAUAGAGAAUUAAAUGAAGAAAACUUUAAUAGAACGUUAUCCAUAGUAUGGGAGAUGUUGGGAGCUACCUUGGAGGAAAUCAUACAAUGUAACUUGGACAAACGAAGGCCUCCUUCCUUCUUUGACAACCUGCACAAAACCUUGAACCUGAUGUUAGGUUCAUUCAAAAGUCCAAACGACUGUUCAAACUGUGAUGCUUUAAGUAGAACCGAACGAUUAUUAAAAAUAAACGGCUUGGAAACCAACGAUCUCAUACACGAAGUGCAUUUGGAGAUGGCUAGAAAUUUCGCCAAAGAAAAAGAAUCAUCUUAUGGCGAGAUAUCGGUUAAAGUUAAAUUCGAAGGAAGUGCCAUCAAAGUCGAGGUUAUGAAUGCAAGAAAUUUAAUUGCUAUGGAUUCCAAUGGAUCCUGCGAUUCUUUUGUUAGGAUUCAUGUUUUGCCCGAGCAUAAAUUUAGCGCUAUUGAUAAACCAAAGACUAAAACGCACAACAAAACGCAAUUUCCUUUGUAUGAUGAAGCAUUUGUAAUAAAUAUUACGCACGAACAAAAAGCAAUAAAAGAUGGAUUAAUAUUGUUCAGCGUCAAAGAUAAGGAUUUGCUUGGUUACAACAAUCAAUACAUUGGAGAAGCAUUUUUGCCAUUCAGUGAAAUACCUGAAACUAAUAAGCCCUUAAGUUCCCUGCCACAAGUCCACUUGCAACUUGGUAGACCUACUAGCUUAUCUUCUGAUUGUAUUAGAGCAUUGGAACACAGGCAAGGUGAUAAGUUGGCCAAAGAAUUCCUUAAAAAAUACAAACAAAGAAUGGGAUCAUAGACUGUUAAAAUGAGAAUAAAAGUGAAUUUAUUAUAAACUAAGCAAUAAAAUAUGUACAAAAUGUAACCAAUUAUUGUCCAUUUUGGUAACCUUUGUUUCCCAAUACAUUUUAAAACUUUUUCAGUAUUGUAUACUUUUUUUAAAUCACGUUACAGAUUUUUUGCCUACAUUUUUCCGCAUCUUUCAAUGGUAAACAGGAUUAAGUACAGGCUUCCCAGAUAGCACAAAUACAUCCUAAGGACGUCCUUAGGACGUCUAAGUGGGCAUCUGGGAUGUCCUGAGGAUAUCAGCAAAUGGCUAUAGGUCGUCUAUUAGAAGUCCACAGACUUCCAAAAGGACACUUUAUGAUUUUUUUAAAUUUUUGAAAUAAAUCCUUUUU